AUGCACGGUGCAGCGCAACAGGCCAAGACGGUCCUCGUGUGGGGCGGCCCGGGAGCGCUCGAGUUGCCAAACGAAAGAGGCACUAAAGAGGCUCAGUGGGGCGAAUACCUUCAUUUCAUCUACCGGAAAAAAAGGGUGUUGAGGUCUCCAACAGACUUGCGAGGAAUCUUUGAAUGCAGUGUGCAUCUCUGGUAG